UUCGUCAAGUUGAAAUAUAGUGAAUAUUGUCUAAUUUUACUUUACACUGACACGUAAAAAAUUUAAACUGUUUUGCUGACGCGCCGCAGUGGAUGAUAAUCUCAUCCCGUAUCCUUCUUCCCUGAAGUAGACGUGGAAUAGCCAGACGAUGUGUCGUCCCUUGACCCUAGCUCCCUACUACCUCUUCUAGUGCUGAACUUCAGCUGAUGGAAGUAUGUCAUACAAAUGCUUACAAGCCUGUCUGACGUAAAGGCCCAUAAAACGGUGCAGAGGCUGCUUGCAUAUUUCAGAAUGGACUUGCUGCUUCCAGUGUUUCAGCUUCUCUAUUUUGUUGCUCACUUUCUUGUGAGUGUUCUGCAAGCUGUGUAUGGAACCUAUAUGGAUGUACUACAAAUCACCCAUUUCUUAUACCAGAAGCUCACCCAUACUGUACAUGCACAAGAACAAUAUAAUGAGGGAAAAGGCAAACUACCAGAACACCCGGCAGUGGUUUUCCUUCCUGGUCAUUAUUUGGCAGCACAACUGCCACAGCUUGUCAGUCUAAUGACUGCCUUUGUUAAAGCUGGGGCUAAACAGAUAACUCUUUACGAUCCAGCUGGAAAAAUUGAAGAACAGCAAGAUGAACUUUUACUGUGCCUGACGCGGAGCUUGCCCGGCAGCUUAUUUCUUCUCCUCCAGCAUCCAUUAGAGCAAAUAAAUGAAGAACCCCAAAAAGAACAGGCCCAUGCCCGGUCUUUGGUGAAAGGAGCAACAGCCCAGACGCCUGUAGUAUACGUGAGCAUCGUCAACUGUGACAGCGGCGUGCGACAUCUAUUGAACUGCGUCAGAAAAUUGGCUCGUCAGCCCCACAGCUCCCUGACGAAUCUUAGUCCGCAUGACUUAGACUCAGUUUUGGCUGUCAGACAAGUGUCUAAUAUUGAGUGUCAUGACGAAAUGAGUAACUAUUGCAGUGAAGAAACUAGUAGACUGGUAUCAAAUCCUUCAUGUAACGAAAGAUAUCUAAAGAACCCUAGACGUUGCGCUCAGAGUGCAGUUUCAUGUUCUUUUGUUGAACAAAAAUCGUUAUCAUGCAUGCAUUUAGUGAGACAACAAGACCCAGACAUGAUGAUUGUAAUUGGAGACUACAUGAGCAGUGGCGGGUUUCCUCCUUGGGGAUUACGGCUUACAGAAUUCGCACAAACGUCAAGCCUGGGACGCAUAGAUUCUGCCGAGCUUCAGAAUUUAUUUCGUUCAUAUGCUGGAAUAGAAAAGCGGUUUGGCAGGUAACUUCCUCUCGGAUAUUAAAUGUCAUGGUUGAAUGUACAACUCUUUGCCUCGUUUGUUUUUAUGUUGCGUUUGAUUUGAUAACAGCGUCAAUAUUGGUUGAAGAUUUUUUGGCUAGAAAUCAAAUUUAAAUAUUGGCUCACAACGGUUCAAAAAAUUAAUGUGCAAUUUCCUUGCUCCUUCUCUGCACCACCACUGCAAAACUCUUGAAUUUUCAAAUAAUUUUGACGUAAGGCUGGAAAUUUAUUGCGUGUACUAGCUUCUUAUGUUAAUUUUCACUCGUUUCGUUACAACGAAAAACAUCCCAACAUCCGCCGAUGUACUAUUUGAUAUCGACGGCAUGAGGAAAAUCUCACGGAAAAUUCGUUUGAACGUGAAUCGUGUGCAAUAAGUCACGGGCCUAUAGGUAGAUAAAAACUUCGUAAUUCUCAGUGAGUGAUGCUGCUACUUACAUUCCUUAGAAUCGUUGUAAGUUGAAGAAUACUUUCCAAUAAUAAAAAUAUACAGAUUGA